UUCCCUUCUUCUCCGCUGCUUGCAUUGCUAUUGCCGUCUUAAGUUAAGGCCUGCUGGUAGGGUUUAUCAUUUCUCUCCCCAGAACUGAGAUUUUCCCACUCUCUCUCUCUCUCUCUCUCUAGAAAAUGACGAAAUUCAGAAAGCUAAAUCGACCCACUGGUCAUCGUAUGUCCAUGCUCAGAACUAUGGUGUCCCAGUUGAUCAAACAUGAGAGAAUUGAAACCACUGUUGCAAAGGCAAAAGAGAUUCGACGUCUUGCAGAUAAUAUGGUACAGCUUGGGAAAGAGGGGUCCCUUUGUGCUGCAAGGCGUGCUGCGGCAUUUGUGAGAGGGGAUGAUGUCAUUCACAAGCUGUUUUCUGAAAUGGCUUACCGUUACAAGGACAGAGCAGGUGGUUACACAAGGAUGCUUCGAACUCGCAUAAGAGUUGGUGAUGCUGCACCAAUGGCCUACAUUGAGUUUAUUGACAGAGAAAAUGAGCUUAGACAGUCCAAACCACCAACCCCUCAACCACCACAGAGAGCUCCGUUGGAUCCCUGGACAAGAUCACGGCUUACCAGGCAGUUUGCACCCCCUAAAGAAGAAAAAAGCUCUGAUCCUGAGAUAUGAUUCAAAAAUCAUUAGCCUCUGCUUGCAGUAUUGUGUUUCUGCUAAGCUGUUAGCCUUCAAUACCUCCUUCUUAUGCUGUGCUAUUAACAGUUUGAUUCCUGAAUUAUAUGAAUGCAGCAUCAUUUUACCGCUCACUGUUUAGUGCCCCAGUUCUUGGGAGAACAUAGAUAAGAAGGUACCAACAUGGAUCAAAAUGGAUUGUUCUUUUCUUGCUAUUGUAGAAGGGUGAUUUUUGCUGUACAAAUUGAAGGUUUAUUGUAGAACAUGUAUCAGGGUAAUGUCAUUGUGCAAGAAUUUAGAGUCGGA